AUGUUGUCCCGAUGCCUUCGCACCGCGCCAGCCCGACAAUCAGUUCAGUGCAUGCAGCAGUUUACACGACCAUCAUUCGUACAGGCACAACUACGAUCAUACUCGGCAGCAGCACCGGGCGAUAAGGUCGCCGGGUUCAAGGGAACCACCGGCAGUGAUGGCAAAUACACAGUCACUCUCAUCGAAGGUGACGGCAUCGGUCCCGAAAUCUCACAAUCCGUCAAGGACAUCUUCUCCGCCGCAAAUGUCCCUAUCAAAUGGGAGCCCGUCGAUGUCACUCCUACCCUGAAGGAUGGCAAGACCGUCAUUCCCGACGAAGCCAUUGACAGCAUCCACCGCAACUACGUCGCCCUCAAAGGUCCUCUCGCUACUCCCAUCGGCAAGGGCCACGUCUCUCUCAACCUUACCCUCCGCCGAACCUUCAACCUUUUCGCCAACGUCCGUCCCUGCAAGAGCAUUGCCGGUUACAAGACCCCAUACGACAACGUCGACACCGUCCUGAUCCGUGAGAACACCGAGGGAGAAUACAGUGGAAUCGAGCACGUCGUCGUCGACGGCGUCGUCCAAUCCAUCAAACUCAUUACCAAGGCCGCAUCUGAGCGCGUCCUCCGCUUCGCCUUCCAAUACGCCCAGGACGUCGGCAAGCCCAAACUCCGCGUUGUCCACAAGGCCACCAUCAUGAAGAUGUCCGACGGUCUCUUCCUGAACCUCGCCCGCGACAUCUCCAAGGAAUUCCCCAACGUCGAGUUCGACGCCGAGCUGCUCGACAACGCCUGCCUGCGCAUCGUCACCGACCCCAGCCCCUACGCCGACAAAGUCCUCGUCAUGCCCAACUUGUACGGAGACAUCCUCAGUGACAUGUGCGCUGGUCUGAUCGGUGGUCUGGGUCUAACUCCCUCUGGAAACAUCGGUGACGAGUGCUCAAUCUUCGAGGCCGUGCACGGUUCCGCUCCGGAUAUCGCCGGCAAGGGCCUUGCGAACCCCACUGCGCUGUUGUUGAGUUCGAUCAUGAUGUUGCAGCACAUGGGUCUGUACCAGCACGCGGACAGGAUCCAGGCUGCUAUCUUCAAGACGCUGGCUGAGGGCAAGACCAUCACCGGUGACCUCGGCGGUAAGGCCAAGACCCACGAGUACGCCGAUGCCGUUAUCAAGAACUUCCAAUAG